UACAAAGAACGGGAAGACUUCCUCUCUCGGUAUUAGCUAAGCCGAAUCCUUUGCGGUUACGUGAAUUUUGGAGGAAAUUUUAAAGACUAUCUGUAAAGCGUUCCAUUUGGGGAGGUUUCUUCCCUGCUCCGUGGUAGCCUCGGGUGAGGUCGGACCCAUUUUGCCCGACGUCCUUCUCGGUGACUUUCGGCUCUAGUCGUUCAAGGCAGGAAUGGACGAAGCGGACUCGGCCACGAAGGCGCUCGGGCUAGAUGAACCGCCCAUCGGCGAGCCGCCGGUGGAGGGAGUGGGCUCGGAUACCGAGUCGGAGGCCGAAGUUACCACGAUGGCUGUGAUGGCGGAACCGGGAAACAUCGGCUUGGGAGCCGAGUCCCUACCGAACCCAGACGAGGCCGAGGCUGCGUUUGCAGAUGUGACGGCGGUCACAGUGGGAACUGUUCAUGCAACGGAGGACAACGUCUUCACUACAACCGUCGCCACAUCCGGAAGUCUCCCCGAACACGUGCUGAGCGGUAGGGCCACUCUCCAGCUAGGUGAAGGUCUCAGUACCCAGAAGGCUACUCUGAUUGUGGUUCACACUGACGGCAGCAUUGUAGAAGCUGCUGGCCUCAAGUCUGCUGCCACCAUCACAUCAGGCCCACAGACUCCACCCACUCCUCUGACUCCACCCCAGGACAAAGACUCCUGCUCUAAGUACAACUGGGACCCCUCAGUCUACAAUAAUGAGCUGCCGGUCCGCUGCAGGAACACCAGCGGAGUCCUGUACAAAAGUAGACUGGGAUCAGGGGGCAAAGGUCGCUGCAUUAAACACAACCAGCAGUGGUACACUCCCACUGAGUUUGAAGGUCUAGCAGGGCGAGCGAGCAGCAAAGACUGGAAGAGAAGUAUCAGAUAUGCUGGCAGGCCUCUGCUCUGCCUCAUUCAGGAACAUAUCUUGAACCCCCACGCUGCUUCCUGUACCUGUGCAGCCUGCUGUGAUGACCUGGUAGCGGUGAGUGAGUGUCCAAAGGAGGGAGACUCUCUGGGAGCAGAAAAUAUCAGUAUGACCGGCCCAGUACGCCUCUUUGUCCCAUACAAGAGACGGAAGAAGGACACUGAGCCUCUGGCUGUUCCUGCCAAGAAGGAACUUCCCACUGCCAAAAACAUUACAUUGACGCCAGGGACCACAUUCACGGUGUCCCCGUCUGGGCAGUUCACCACUUCUGGCACCUUGACCUUUGACCGCACCCCCACGGGCGACGCUGCUGCUGCCAUCAUCUCAGAGGGCUCAGUGCAGAGCGAGGCGUUUGCCAGCACUGCAGUGCUGACGGCAUUGCCAGCAUUAGCUGUGGCUCAUCAGCCAGUUCAGGCCAAAGUCACAGUGGCAGCUACAGCAGCGUCUCCAUCUGCAGCACUGGUGGCUGGCCUUGAGGUGGGUCCUGUUGUCGGAGCAGGGCCAACAGUGAGCGAGGGGCAGAAGAACACCUGGCUUUAUCUGGAGGAGAUGGCCAACACACUGCUGAACAAUGUCCAGCAGCUGAAGGCUCUAAUCGAACAGGCCAAAAACUCUGCAGGGGACCCCGUAGGGGUCAAGGGUAAUGGAGGCAGGAAGGAGUGUGGUCUUACACAAGCGUUUCAGAACCAGAUCUCGUUUCAGCAGCCAGACGACUCAGAGGCCAAGAGGAGCUCUGAAAUCACAGAGAUUAUCAUCAAUCAGAUGUGCGUGAACUGCGGUCGGGUAGCAAUGAGUGAGUGCACGGGAUGUCACAAAGUCAACUACUGCUCCACCUUCUGUCAGAGGAAGGACUGGAAGGAUCAUCAACACACCUGCUCUCAGUCAGCAGGGGGCAUGGCUGUCCAGCAGGAAGACCCAAUCACAGCCUUGGACAUGGACAAAGUGAAGUGAAGCUGUAGCAGUUUAGAUGAAAGUCUGUGCAUAGUUUCAGUGAGGUGAUCAGCUGCUGCGAGCUGGAAGUUGUAAAAAGGAAGGAGAGAUAUUAAACACUGCUAUUUUCAAGCAGGUGUAUUAGAGCCCUUAAAGUAAAGGUUUUUCCGCAGACGUGAAGAAGGUCAGUGAUGGACUGAGCGCUGACACUGUUGUACCAAAUCUAGGCUGUCUUCGUAUUUACAGAGAGAACUCAGGAGUGUUAUUACAGCAGCAUCCAAUGAAAUGCUGAUUCUAACUGAUAUUUUCAUUACUAAUUUAUCUUGUCCCUAUUUCUGUUAUAAUUUAGUGACUUUAUUACAUUGUCAUCAAUUUUCAUAUUUAUGGUUUGUAUCUUCCCUCAGUGACUGUUACCUGUCUGCUGGUUAAAUGGGACAUAUUAUACUUAUUUUCUGUCAUAUAUACAUGAGCAUGAUGGCCAAAUUUUCAAAUAAUGGGUUCAAGUGUAUGUACAGGUCUCUGUGAGGCUAAAGGUCAGACUUCAAAGUACUCUAAACACUUUUUUAAUUUAUUAAUUUAUUUUUUACUUUGGGAUCUGUAUAGUGUCACAGAUAUCCCUCAUGUGGUCAUCUCAGGAAAUCAGCUUUGGUUGUGAGCAUAUAGGCCCCACCCACCUCUUCUAUUUGAGAGUGACAGCUAAUCAGAAGAAAACUGGUUAAUCUUCCAAAGUCUUAAGUUCUCAUUGAUGAUGGAAACUAACCCCAACUAAUGUUUGGAGAAAAAUGAAUGGAUGUUUUUGGAAAAAAAUAAAUAAUUUUUGAUGUGUCACUUUGAACUUUUUGCCAAAACUUUGGAGAACAUUUUUCAAUAGACAGAAAUUACAUAUUUACCAAAUGGUCAGAGCUGCUUAUCAUUGAUGAGGAUUAAGGUAGGGGAGGAUAAAUAAAGCUCAACACAUCAGUGAAAUAAUAUCCACAUAUAAAUGUAUUUAAUGUUAAACCAGCAGAUCUUAUUGAUGUGGGUUUUUUUUUUAAUUAUUAUUAUUAUUGUGACUCUUUGAUCAAAUAGAUGUUCAAAAUACAAAUUUGUGACUUGAACAUGAAGCAACCAAAAUCACUAUCCUGCAUGUUUUGCUUUUUUUUUUUUUUUUCUGGCAAAAACAAUUUCUGUAAAUUAUUAAUUUCCAAGAUAUGAAUGAUUCAGUUUCUCUGUCUCUAUAGAGUCGCUUAAGUCCAGAAGGAAAAGUACAAAUUAUUGUGCAUAACUGUGAAUACAAUAU